AGGGGACGGGACCAGACCAAGGGCGCGUGCCCGUGGACCUUCAUCGGCUCCGUUCGAGAGGGAUCUCUUUGAAAUAUUACUCAAAUAAAAUAAAUAAAAGACGAACUUAAGACCAGGUCCCCUGGUCGUUUAGUUUAGUAGGUUUGAUAAUUUUUGGACUCCGUGAACGAAAAAAUAGCGCCUUUAAUUCGUUUCAUUUAUCCUUGUAAAAUCUUCAUCUUUAUCCAAAUCUAUGUUUUCCUUUUUUGGUAAGUACUAAUCCAAAUCUAAUUGCUUAUCAAUACGGAACAACUCAUGUAUAUGUUGAUAUACAUAUCUAUAUAAUUAUACUCUCUAUCCAGUCUAUCCCAUAGAAUUCUCUCCCAAUUUUCUUCUACUGUAAAAUCAUCUUCUUGGUGUGUAAGUUCGGAGUUUCAUUGUGAUAGUUCUGCUUUGCUCCAAUGGGCGAUUGCUCUCUCCCUCAGGAUUCUCUUUUCCUUGGAUUCGACAGCUCUACUCAGUCAAUAAAGGCAACUGUGUUAGAUGCCAAUCUUAACAUUGUUUCUUCAGAAAUAGUUAAUUUUGAUUCUGAAUUGCCCCAUUACAAAACCAAAGAUGGUGUGUACAGAGACCCAUCGGUUAAUGGUCGAAUUGUUUCACCCACUUUGAUGUGGGUAGAAGCAUUGGAAAUUAUACUUCAGAGGCUCCAGAAAUCAAAUUUAGAUUUUGGGAAGAUUGCCGCUAUUUCUGGUAGUGGACAGCAACAUGGUAGUGUGUAUUGGAAGAAUGGAAGUUCUGCAAAAUUAGCAUCAUUGGACCCUAAGAAGCCAUUGAAGGAUCAACUUGAUGGUGCUUUCUCAACAAAUGAAUCCCCAGUAUGGAUGGACAGCAGUACCACAGAGCAGUGCAAAGAGAUUGAGAAAGCUGUUGGAGGUGCACUGGAGUUGUCUAGACUUACUGGGUCACGUGCGUAUGAGAGGUUCACUGGACCACAAAUUCGGAGGAUUUUUGAGACACAACCGGAAAUUUAUCACAAUACUGAAAGGAUCUCCCUGGUUAGCUCCUUCGUGGCAUCUCUACUUAUUGGGGCUUAUGCUUGUAUUGAUGAAACGGAUGGUGCGGGGAUGAACUUGAUGGACAUUAGGCAAAGAACGUGGUCUAAGAUAGUUUUGGAGGCCACUGCACCAGGUUUGGAGGAAAAACUCGGGAAGUUAGCUCCUGCGCAUGCUGUUGCUGGAUUAAUUGCUCCCUAUUUUGUGGAGAGGUUCCACUUCAACAAGAAUUGUCUGAUUGUUCAGUGGUCUGGAGACAACCCCAACAGCCUGGCAGGUUUGACCCUCAAUACUCCAGGGGAUCUGGCAAUUAGUCUUGGCACUAGUGACACUGUAUUUGGGAUCACUAGCAAUCCUCAACCAAGUUUAGAAGGGCAUGUUUUUCCUAAUCCCGUGGAUGCAAAAGGUUACAUGGUUAUGUUGUGCUAUAAAAAUGGGUCUCUGACUCGUGAAGAUGUGCGUAACCGGUGUGCGGAUAAAUCUUGGGAUGCUUUCGAUACAUUUCUUCAACAAACCCCUCCUCUAAAUGGUGGAAAGAUGGGCUUUUACUACAAGGAGCACGAAAUACUUCCUCCCCUCCCUGUUGGUUUCCACCGUUACAUUCUGGAGAACUUUACGGGCGAGACUUUAGAUGGCGUAAGUGAACGUGAAGUGGAGGAAUUUGAUCCUCCUGCUGAGGUUCGAGCAUUGAUAGAGGGCCAAUUUCUAUCCAUGCGAGCUCAUGCUGAAAGAUUUGGGAUGCCAUCACCUCCAAAGCGAAUAAUAGCUACUGGUGGAGCAUCAGCAAAUACUAGCAUUCUGAGUGUAAUAGCUUCCGUUUUUGGCUGUGAUGUUUAUACAGUCCAAAGGCCGGACUCAGCUUCCCUAGGAGCUGCAUUGAGGGCUGCUCACGGUUGGCUGUGCAACAAAAAGGGCAGUUUUGUGCCCAUUUUGGGUAUGUACAAGGACAAGCUGGAGAACACUUCUCUUGGCUGCAAGCUAUCAGUGACUGCCGGAGACCGAGAACUUGUCACCAAGUAUGCUCUGCUGAUGAAAAAGAGAAUGGAGUUUGAGAAUCGCCUUGUCCAAAAGCUGGGGCGUUGCUAAAAUUGAAUAAUUUUGAAAGAGAGUUUUAAAAUGUCAUGCCAACCAGAGUCAGAUGUGACAUGGCAUUGUGGUAAUAAAUGGAACCAAAUGGAAAGGAUUUACAUGUUUUUGGUGGAAUUUAGGUUAACUAAAUAUUAAUAUUUCAUAGUGACAAUAAUUUUAUCAUAUUUGUAGAUAAAUAAUAGUGAGAACCGUUUUAGUUAA